AUGGGUUCUCAACCCGAACCUCACGUCGUUGAUGAGGAGAAGAAGGUCGCGAUUGUGUCUGAUGACAAUGCGCAAUCAGACACCAAGAGUGAAGUGAUCGGCGAUUCGCAUCUGAUCGAGGUCGAGGGCCGCUACACGAAGGAAGAAUUCCACAAGUUGAAAAGGAAGAUUGACCGCUACCUGCUUCCUCUCAUGUGGCUUUGUUAUGGUAUCCAGCAAACAGACAAGACUGCGUUGGGAACACAAGCCAUCUUCGGCUUGCGUGAGGACACCGGUCUGGUGGGCCAGCAGUACUCGUGGUUGACGACCAUCUUCUACAUCACAUACAUGGUUUGCGAAUUCCCAAGCAAUGUCGUCGUCCAACGUUACAAGAUGGGUCGAACCCUGUCAAUCUACAUGAUUUGCUGGGGCAUCAUUGUCUUGUGUAUCGGGUUUGCUAAAAACUUUACUCACCUCAUUGCGCUUCGUGCUCUUCAGGGAGCAUUCGAGUGUUGUAUCAGCCCGGGAUUCAUGCUUCUUGUCGGAACGUGGUACAAGACCCGUGAACAUGCAUCUCGUUCCCUUGUAUUCCAGAGUGCCAACGCUGGUUUUGGUGUCAUUGCCAGUCUGAUCAUGUACGCCAUUGGUUCCGCAACCCAGGGUAGAGAAGGAGUGCAACCUUGGCGAUACAUCUCCUACUUUUUGGGAGGUCUUACUACCUUCGUCGGAUGCCUUUGCUUGCUUCUUCUCGGCACACCAUCGGAGGUGCUUUGGUUAAACAAGGAGGAGAAGGAUAUGGCAAGCGCUCGUAUCAGAUCAAACAACACCGGAAACGACAAGACCGCUAUUAAGGGCUGGAAGUGGAAGCAAGUCCGCGAGUGUCUCAUGGACCCUUGCUUCUGGUUUGCUGGCAUGAAUGCUUUCCUCAGCUCUGUGCCGAACGGUGGCUUGACUACCUUCGGUAGCAUCGUCAUCAAAUCCUUCGGCUUUACCAGCUUGCAGACCAUCUUGAUCGAGAUUCCCCGAUCUGUGAUGUCAGUCGUCAUCUUCAUCUGCGUCGGCUUGACCUGCAGCAAGUGGUCCAAUCUUCGAAUGUUCUUCAUGGCCGGCUCCGUCCUUCCGCCGUUUGCAGGAUUCUUGGGCAUGUCGCUCCUCCCCAACGACCCCGCCAUCAAGUGGACCAAGUGGGGUUGCUACUUCAUCACGGUUCCCUUCGUGCUUGGUCUUUUCCUUGCCUGGACCCUCAUUCCGAGCAACACCGCCGGUCGCACUAAGCGUACCAUCACUAGCAGUUUCACCUUCGUUGGAUACUGCGUUGGCAACAUGGUGGGAAGUCAGAUCUUCAAGGAGAAGGACGCGCCGAAGUACACCCCUGGAACUAUCGGAUGUGCCAUUUGCUUCGGGCUUGAAUUUGCGCUCAUUCUGACCUGGCGCUUUGUCCUGGUCAGAAGAAACAAGAAGAGAGAUGCGCAGCAGGCAAACGACGGUCUGACUGCCGAGGAGCGACAGAAGAAGGGCAAGGAGUACGGCGAGGCGGACUACACUGACUUUGAGAACCCCUACUUCCGGUACACCUUAUAG